CCGCCCCUUUUUGCCUCUUAUGGGCUAGUACUCGUUACCUUCGUUGGUUGGAUUGGUUAGAUUUAGGUAUGACGAGUAAGAUUUGUUAGGGUUGUGGGCGGGUCAUGGCUUCACCAUCCUGAGAAAGAAAAUAUUCUCCGGGUCCAUACCAUUGUGGUAGCGACAUGCUAGCAGUUGGAUUGAGUUGUGUUGGGCAGUAAGCUUAGCACCCUGAGGUCUUACACAUAAUAUCUUGGCAACAUUUCGAUUUUUUUUUUUUACUGUUUUCAGUCCCAAAUCCCCUUUAAUGUCCCAGGUUUCCUUAGGACGUCAAAGUUAAGAUAGCUUGGCAACAUCUUCUCGACAUCAACGUUAUGUGAUCGACGGCGAUUAGCUGGUUAGCUAGCUAGCCGCGAACAGCUUUCGUUAAUGUUGGAAUAGUUUAUCUAAAUUAGUAGGGAACGUUAGCGACAUAUACAUCUUGCUUGAUUGUCUGUUUGGAUCAAAUAAUUUCAACAUGGACCUUAAUUUUUACUCUGAAUUGUCGGAUGGUUGUCCUCAAAAUGUUGAUUCGGAGUUUUUGGACACCCAAGGUUAUGGUGGAUACUCUGAGGGAAAUAAGUUCCCUGAAGGCAACGACAGUUACCUCACCAUCAGUGGAGCGGGCCAUCCCUUUUUGUCGGCUGAGACCUUCCAUACUCCCAGUCUCGGGGAUGAGGUUUUUGAGAUUCCUCCCAUCUCCCUUGAUCCAGACCCGACUUUGAGCAUGAGUGAUGCAGUAUCCCACUUUGAGCUGACUGAUGGAUCAGACGGCACUGGGGGACCUUCAGGCUCUCGUAGCCUUGUUAGCAACUUGGUUGUCGAGGCCAAUGACCCUUCCUUCGCUUCCACCUUUGUGAACUCUGGGUCUCAAGGCCUGGAGCAGCUGAACCUUGGAGCAGUGGGCCAGGCUGGAGGGGGAGCCCUGCUGAGCUCUUCUGCAUUGGAACUGGGGAAUUCCAGUGGUUCACAUUUCAGCAGUUCAUCCCCCAUGACCAUCGAUGUCCAACUUGGUGAUAUCGGUCAUGGCCUUUUGGGAAGCAAUCACCUGUCCACUAUUAACCAGUCUGAGCUGGCAAUUGGUCUUGGGGGUGAAAACAUUAGGCAUCAUUCAGAGACGUCUGAUCAGCUGCUGUCUGCAACACCGUCACCAGCUGGCUCCCUGCAGGAUGAGGACAUGGAUGACUUCAAGAGGAGUGUGCUGGUAGACUCCCCCAUGUCUCUCUCCUCUGCUUCUGCCCUCUCCCACAUGUCCCCCCACUCAGGUCCUACAUUGUCUGUGUCCCCGGCUACGGCCAGGAGAGGCGGGGGGAAACCAGCCACACUGGCCUCAAUGACUGGGACUGUGGGGACAAAGAAAGGACGGAAGAAGAAAGACCCAAAUGAACCACAGAAGCCUGUUUCAGCAUAUGCGCUGUUCUUCAGGGACACCCAGGCAGCCAUUAAGGGCCAGAACCCCAAUGCCUCUUUUGGGGAGGUGUCAAAAAUUGUGGCCUCCAUGUGGGACAGCCUGGCUGAGGAGCAGAAACAGGUGUAUAAGAGGAAGACAAAAGUAGCCAAAAAGGAUUAUUUGAAAGCGCUGGCAGCUUAUAAAGCUAACCAGCUCUCACAGCUUGCCUCUGAAGAGAUGGAGACUGCCCCUUCACCACCUCCACCAGUGGUCAACCCGACUCCUGCAGCCAUUCCCCCUGCUGCUCACCAUGCCAUUCGCCCGGCUAACAGCAACGUAGAAGAGAACACCAUCACUAACAUUUGUGCCUCCAACAUCAUCCUGGACGUCCCGGAGAUGACCACACGUUCCCGCACGGGGGCAAAUAAAGCCGGUGCUCCAGCUGCUGCAAUGGCCCCUGCCCAGACCAUAACCAAGAUCAUAAUCCCAAAGCACAUGCUGCAGGCUGGGGGGCAGGUGGUGACUGUGUUGCCAGGAGGAGUCCGCGCUCUGCAGCCUACGCUCGUAGUGUCAGGUGCCUCUCGUCAGCCACCGCCGCUGCAGCAGAUGCAGAACACGCCACCUCCACCACGGCUCCAGCAAAUGGCGCCGGCCCCUCCACGCUUACAGGCCAAGCCCCGCGAGGGAAUCGCCACUCAAGGUCUCCCUGUGUCCAUCACAGCUACAACUCCGCCUCCACUACAGAUAAAAAUAGUCCCUGCGCCCUUGCAGGGCAAAGACGCCCUGCCAAUUAUUGUCCCUAAUACAGCGGAUGUGCCAUCUACUGCGACUUCUUCUGCCCAGUCUGCACCCAUUGUGUCUGUGCAGGUGGUGAACUCUGCAGACACCCCAGGUCACACAGAGGAGGAUGAGGUUACAGAAGUCCUACAUUCAGAAGAGGAUGAGAUGGAGGUGAACGGGGCUGGUGACGCCCCAACUAUGAAGAGCGUGUGUGUGAGGGCGGGCUGCAACAACCCGGCCGUAGAGAGCAAAGACUGGGACAAAGAAUACUGCAGCAACGAAUGUGUGGCCACUCACUGCAGAGAUAUAUUCAAGGCUUGGUGCUCGAUCAGGAAUCAGACCAUGGGAACGGUGAAAUAAAGAGCAGCCCCUUCCGGCCACAUCAGUAGAACGCUUACUUUUCCACUAAGAGUGAGUGUUCCAAGUGGAAGGACAGAUACAGAAGCAAAGCAGUGCAGGAACGUCAAAAACAUACUUCACUCUAGUGUCAGUUCUCAUUGUUUUAUACACGUACUGUAGGUUUGACAAUUAUUGUUCUGGACAAAAAACAAGUAGUAUUGCUAAAUAGCACUAAUGUAAGACACUGAGCCCAUGUUGGCACACAGGAAAUUCAUAUGUUUUGAUUAUGUAUAUGGUUUUUAGUCAUGCCUCAUGGGACUUGAAGGCAGCUGGAGAAAAGAUCAGCACAAUGUAGUAGUAUUAAAGUUGGCCAAGAUCAGAGGUUUUCAGAGUGUGAGGCAGACCUCCGCAGGGCAGCCCAAACAGCUUCAGGGGAGGAGUGUGAAUGAAAAAUAUUACACUAGUUAUUAAAAGGAGAUCACAUAGAAUAGCCCAAGUGUGUGUGAUUUGGUUGAUGGAGAUUUGUUUUGUUUUUUUCUGAAACUAAUAAAUGCUUUGGACCCUUUUUUAUGUAUUAGGUGUAGCCUGAAGUUGUGUCAACCAACAAUGUAAGAUAAGAAGGAUAUUAGGGCUCAACUGGGUGUCUGUGAAAACAAAUAACAUAAUAGUGAUCCCAACAGUCAUCUAGAAAUUGAGUGAGUGACAGCAUAGUGCGAGGCGAGGGACACCUUUCUCCAAGCUCGGUCUGAAAGGAGACCAGCAGUCUCAGACUUUGAAAACCCCUGGUCAAGGUAAUGGUAUUCCUUUUUUUUUUUUCCUUUUUUUAACUCAAGUCCACACAGCUCAGUUUAUACUUCUUAACUGGAAAUUGUUGAUCAUACAGUGUUUAUUGUCUGAUUUGAAACUCUUGUUUAUUGCAAGAGAGUUGAAACACCAGAGCAGUUCAAACAGUUCAAGUUGUUUCUUUACUCAGCUGGAAAAUGCAUUAGUUUGAGUGGAAAACAGUUUGUAUCACUGUAUACUUUAUUUUUGUACUGUGGCACUACAGUGGCCUUCUAGAUUUCAUUUUUUGUACAACACUGUUCAGAAGAUCGUCAGCUGUUAAAAAAAUGCUCAAAUUAAUGUUUUUUUUAAAUAAAUGAGCAAAAUUGCUUAA